CAUCAGUUGCGACCACCUCCUUGGUUGCGACUGCAAUUUAAAGGCAACGAUCACUCUGAGCUCGCGAUCGAUUGUUCUGGUAAUGAUCACUCAACACAUCAUUUCGUGGUGAAAACGAUCGAAUCAAACUGAUUCUCAAAUCAAAUUGAUUGGCUGUCCCAUUUGUCCCAUUGAUUCAAUCAAUGGGAGCCGUCUUGUUUGUACGUUCACGAAGACAGAAAUCAAGUGUGUCAAGGUAUGUAAGAUUUAAGGGCAAUCCUUUAAAUCUACUGGACGGGUAGCAAUUUAUAUCAAAGUAUAGGCUGUAUAAGGCUCCUAGAAAGAAAAGUUGACUCAACAUCUAUGCUGCAUCCAAAUGAAACUCACUUGUUACUAAUGGACAUUGAUUUACCAACCGUACUUUAAAAAAGUGCUGGUAGACACCAACCGUGCUCUUAAAAUGAUUCGAAUUUCUGGAAGGUGUUUGGCAACAAUUGAUUAGCCCGGCGAAUUUAUGAAUGAUGGAAUUUAUGUUGAAGGGUACUGAAACGAGAAAUUGUACAAUUAUCAAUAAUUUUCGUUUAUUUUGUAAUCAAGAGAGAAGAUAAUCAUGCUUAAGUCAUUUAUCACUCAUCUGAAUAACUGUGGCAUUGUACUAGCUAGUAAAUCUUCACGAAGAAAGCGGAUUCUUGAAGAAAUUGUUGGACUUAAAUUUGAAAUUUUUCCUUCAAGAUUUGAGGAGAACUUGGAAUUAAAAGAUUUUUCUUCUCCUGGUGAUUUUGUCAUGGAAACUGCUAAGCAAAAGGCUCUAGCUGUUGCUGCUUAUCUUGAAAAAGAAAAGAAGCCUGUGCAUUUAGUGAUUGGUGCAGAUACUGUUGUUAUAAUGGAUGGAGAAGCUUUUGGAAAGCCUGAAGGUAACGCAGAAGCACUUGGCAUGUUAGAGAGACUGAGUGGCCGAACCCAUGAAGUCAUGACUGGUGUUGCACUUAUUCUUCCUCUAAGAAAAGGAAAAGGUAAGGCUUUUGUUGUUUCUUCAGCAUAA